AUGGUGCAAAUUUUCCCAGGGUUCAUUAAAGAUUGGGAAAAGAUCCAACUUGAUGACAGUGUUAUUCGAGAAUCUGUUGAAGAAGCAAAGAAGUGGGUGGAUUCGGCAUAUGUCGAGACUAGGAAAGAUUUAAAAGAACGUUCUGAAAGGGAAGAUGCAAGACUUUCAGAUGUUAUGGCAUUCUUCAAACAAGCAGAAGGAGCAACUAGAAAUAUCAGCAGAUCAGCAGAUUACUUGGAAAUCACUCGUCAGGUCAUAAAUGAAAAGCUGAAAAUCAUCUACCCCAAUUCCUUAAGUGUUUCAGAUGUUUUAACAGAGGAACAAAAUGAAAUGAUUUCUCAACUAACUGGAUGCGCCGAUCAGUUCUUACCAAAAGUGUGUGACCCUUCACCGUACCGCAGCAUCACUGGAGAGUGUAAUAAUAGAAAGACAGCUAUUCUCGGUGCAUCCAACACUGCAUACAAACGCCUUCUCAAGCCAGAAUACGAGGAUGGUAUAUCACUGCCACAAGGCUGGACUCAAAGCCGUCCCAUCAAUGGGUUUACUCUACCAUUGACACGUGAAGUAUCAAAUGAAAUGGUUACAUUGAGACUGGAUGACCGUCUAUCUCGUAUGUUCGUGCAAUUUGGUCAGUAUUUGGAUCAUGACAUCUCCCUCUCUGCUGAUACACCAUUCACCUCAUCGUUUUUUCAGAAUGAGGAAUGUGCUAAGAGCUGCGUCAACACAUACCCUUGUUUCCCUUUAAUGAUUCCACCAACUGACCCUCGGUAUGUCAAUGGCAGUGAAUGUAUAUCUAUGAUUCGUACUGCAUCAGUGUGCAGUCCGACAAGUCCUGUGCGUGAGCAGAUGAAUGGCCUGACUUCAUUCAUUGAUGGAAGCCAGGUGUAUGGAAGUGACCAGAAUCUCGCCACCUUGCUUCGAAAUAACACAAACCAACUGGGUCUUUUGGCUGUUAAUCAGAACUUCACCGACAAUGGAUUUCCCUACCUGCCUUUUAGUGGGAAUGGACCUGACCAAUGUUCUAGGACCAACCCAACAUUGGGAGUACCGUGUUUCCAAGCAGGGGAUAGCCGUUCUAACGAGCAACCCAUGCUGACGACAUUCCAUACACUUUUCUUGAGAGAGCACAACCGCAUUGCUACUCAGUUGAGUAAGUUAAACCCACAGUGGUCAGGAGAGACGCUAUACCAAGAAACCCGCAAGAUAAUAGGAGCAAUGCUGCAGAAAAAAACAUAUAAAGACUGGCUUCCUCUACUAUUGGGCAAUGAGAUGUCGAAGGCUCUACCUCCUUAUACAUCCUAUGACGAAGAUGAGGACCCAACAGUAUCAAAUGUCUUCACUAUUGCCUUCAGAAUGGGUUACACAAUGAUACAGCCAUUCAUUUACAGAUUGGCAAAUGAUUUCUCUCCAUACAGCCCCGAGCCAGUUGUCCCACUUCAUGAAACAUUUUUCGCUUCGUGGAGAAUAGUGAGAAACGAUGGAAUUGAUCCUUUACUCAGGGGUACGAUGGUCAAUAAAGCGAAACUGAACCACCAAGACCAGAUAAUGGUUGAUGAAUUGAGGGAACGUCUUUUUCCAGUGGUUGAUCACUUUGGCCGUGAUCUAGCAUCUUUUAACAUACAACGGGGUAGAGACCAUGGCUUACCAGGAUACAAUGCUUGGAGAAGGUUCUGUAAUCUUUCUGCACCACGUGAUGUCGAUGAAUUAGCUGCUGUGCUGAAUAAUCAGGAAGUUGCCAAAAAGCUCAUUGAUUUGUAUGGAACUCCGGAAAAUAUUGACUUCUGGGUUGGUGGAGUCUCUGAGCCAUUAGUUCCCAAUGGAAGAACUGGGCAGUUGCUAUCUUGUUUGAUUGGAAACCAGUUUCGUAGGGGUAGAAAUGGAGAUAGUUUUUUUUAUGAAAAUCCUUCGGUAUUCAGCCUGAAACAAAGAAAAUCAAUAUCGGAAGUGACACUGGCACAUAUCAUAUGUGCUAAUACCAAAAUUAAACAAGUUCCUCAAAAUGUCUUUUUGGCCAAUGAGUUCCCAGCAGAUUUCAUUGACUGUUCCAAAUUCCCAGCAAUGGACCUGAGUCCUUGGAAAGCUUAG